AUGGAAAAAUUGUUUGUCCACUUAAUAAGAAGAAGCGAUGAAUAUUUUGAAUUAGCUGGACUAUCCGAAGAUAAGCGGUUAUGGUUUAGCUUACCAGAUGAACAUAAAAAUUUAUAUGAACAUAAGGUAUUAUCAUCAAAAACCACCAUUAAAAGUGCAAUUGCUGCUAUUAAACCGAUUAAUGGUUUCCGAAAAAUUGGCAUUAAAUUAGAUGAGGAUUUGAAAAAAGAAUAUUUUGAUGAAGAUGGAAACCUUAGCUACAAAAACUAUCCGUUACAGGAAUCUGUAGUUUUUUUUGAUGUGAGUGAAAAACUCCAAGAAGAAAUUUUUUUAAUUAAAAGAAUCAAGGAAUUAGAAUUAAAAUUAAAUGACAAAGAUGAGAUAAAAUUGCAAAAUAUAGAAAAGAAGUUUGUUCUUGAUAAAUAUGACAAAACACAAAACCCUUCUGAGUGGUUUUCUAAAUUUGAAAGUGAAUGUGACCGAAAUAAAAUAAAAAGUGGUACCCAGAUGAUUGAAGCUUUACGAUUUUUUGUCGCUGGAUCGGCCAAACACUGGUAUGAAGGAAAUUUGAAAAAAUUUGGUCUAACUAAUUGGUCUGAAUGGCGAAAUUCAUUUUUUUCCAUUUUUAUUGACAAAGGUUGGACAGCUGUCAGAAAAGCAUAUACCUAUAAAUACUUAGGCGGCUCAUUGAUCGAUUACGCUUUAACAAAAGAAAAUUUAUGUUUAGAAGUAGAAAGUGAUAGUACUAUGAGUUCCAGAAUAAACUUGAUUGUAAUGGGUUUACCAUCUCAAGUUCAAGAUGAGCUAGAUCGCGAAGACAUUAACACUAUAAAAAAAUUAUACAAUGAACUCCGAAAGCUAGAUGGUCAAUAUAAUAAACGUUCGAAAGAAAAUAAACCAUAUGAUAAUCGGCAUGAAAAAACAAAAUUAGGAGAAUCGACUAAAAAGAAACAAAUUGAUAUACCCUUGAAAAAACCAUGCUACAUGUGUGAAGCUCUUGGUUGGAAAAAUCGAUUUCAUCCCUCUAACGAAUGCCGAAAUAAAAUACUGUACGCUCAGAAAAAAGAAUCUAAUUUAAUUGAAACGAAAUCUGAUUCAGAAAAUGAGGCUGAAAUGAUGAAAAUGGAAAUUGACCGAAAUUCUUUAAACUAGAGAGCCCGGAUAAUUUGAUUCCAUUAAUUCAUGUAAACGUAAUUAUUGAUGAUAAAAUGAAAAUAAAAGCAGUGUAUGACUCAGGAUCUAACGUGAGUCUAAUUAAUCAAAGAGUUGUAGAUGUAUUAAAAACAAGUUUGUUAAAGCAUAACACUGCAUUCAAGACAAUUAAUGGUUUCAAUUUUAGUUCGGCCCGGGCAAACAUAAAGCUUAAAAUUGGAAAUAUUACAAACAAUUUGAAUACUUUUGUAGUUAAAAAUUCAGAAUUUUCUUAUGACCUGUUACUAGGUUUAGAUGCUAUUAAAAAAUUUAAACUAAUUCAAGACGAGAAUUUAAACAUAUACCAAAAACCUAAAAAUGAUGAGAUGCUCCAAAUAAGAAGAAGUAAUCAAAAUCAGAAGAAAUCUUGUGAAAUUUCUAACAAAAUAAUUACAAAUGAAAAUAAAGAA